GAUGGAUCAGAGGGAGGAUCCACCGCUACAAUACGGGUGACCAAUCAUUCCUAAGGAGCAUAAAUGUGUAACGAUCGGGACUGAGGGGGUGCUACAUGUGCAUUGAUGCUGAGAAGGAGGCGUGGGUGUUGGAUUUUUUGGAACUAUCGGGAGGAGUGUAAUGAGCUGGGGUAUUGGAUGGACUCGGCCGUUGUUGAGCCCGCGCAGGAAGAUCUGGAAGAGAGCGAGGAACCGGCUGGAGAGGAGGAGGUUAUACCGACAGAUGGAGCUAUAAAGGUGCUGUACAUGUCCGCUGGUAGUAUCGGCCUGAGUGUGUACUAUUUCUCGCAUUUUGGCUAUAACAGUACCGAGUACGAAGGCGAUAUCGUACAACUCCGGACUUAUGAUGGGAACCCGAUUAUGAGGUGAUGUUCUGAG